AUGGAAAGGGUAAGCCAGACUAAGAAAAGACAAGAAGAGAGAGAGGAGACAGUGAGCACUAAAGGAAGGUGCAGAAGUGGAGAUAUGUCUAUGAGAUACCUCAGAGAAAAAACCUAAAUAGAAAGAAAGAACUGAAAAAGGCACAGUUAGCACUACAGCAACAACAGGCAGCACAGGGCCAGGCCCAUAAGCAGGAAAUGAUGAGGAUAAUACGACAACAGCAGAGUCAGAACAUGACAGCCUUGCUAGUGCAACAACAACCACAGUUUAUGUGUUAUGUAGAGUUUUCUUAA